UUUUAGGUAAUAAACAAAAGAAAUGACAGAACCGGAUCAAGAAGGUGAAAUGACGGAAUCUACGUUGACAACAAAAAUGGUAAAACGACGUAACAAUAGAUGCUGUUAUGGCCUAUUACAUAUAACAACCGCUACAUUACUCAUUGGUUGCUUGGAAUUAUGUUAUUUUUCAUAUGAGAUUUUUUCAACAAUUUAUCAUUUUAUUCAAACGGGUGAACAAUAUCUUCUUUCAUUAUCAAUAUCACUAUUUGGCAUAAUUCUUGCAUUUAUUGCUUUACUUUUACUUUUUAUCGCUAUUAAAACAUCAACAUCAUAUCUAUUGGUGCCACAUUUAUUAAUGCAGGCUGCCGCAACAUGUGUCCUAUCACUUAUUUGUUUAUUUUGUUUGUUUGCUGUAAUAGCUGGAACAAGUUUGGAUUUCAGGAUUGUUAAUGUGGGAGAUAAUAUUGUUGAUGAUUUGGCAUUAAUCAUGACGGGUAAAUCAACCUACGAACUAAUUUACAUGUCCCGAGGACUUACUUUAAUAUUAUCAUUCACUUGUAUAUUUCUAUUUUUACUUGAUUUAAUGCAGAUAUGGAUGCUCAUUAUUGUUUUUCGAUGUUUUUCCCAUUUGCAAGAAAUGGCUAUCCUAAAAACUCAAUGUAUAGCGAUAAAUAGAGGCGCAAAUAGGAUAUCAGCUAGAAGUAAAAGGCAAAAUUGCGCAGCUAAUGAUGCAAAAAAUAAUAAUUGCUUUUCGUUGGAAAUGAAUUCGAUGAAAUUUGUUCGCAAAAAUUAA